AUGGACGAAGUUAUUAGAUUCAUGGAGUAUUAUUUAGCUAAUCCUGACAAAAAUUCAAAGUUUUUUUCAUUUGCCAUCGGAUAUUACUUAUCAAGUAUUAGCUUGAAACUACGAGGUCUUUCAUCAGAUGUCAUUGACUUUAGUCAAUUCUAUAAAAUCAUUGAAAUUUCAAUCAAUGUUUUCUUAAAUCCAAAGUUUUUAUAUGAAGAAUUCAUUCCUCUAUACUUCGACUACUUUACAGACGCAUUUAUUCUCUUUUCAACAAAAGAUACUUAUAAACCAGAAUAUGACAUUAUUUUAACUAACCUUAUCAAAGUGAUCACAUCGAUGUUCGCAAUGCCAUUUGAUUUGCAUGUUGAUUCUAUCGGAUUUACUUUCCAUAUUCUUGUUCUUUUAUCUCCAGAAACACAAUUCGUCGAAUUAUCACGAGAUGUUCGCAAUCAACUAUUCUUACUCAUUACAUCAGCAUGUACAAAGUAUCAAGAAGUCAGCGAAUUCCUUCUUACACCAGAAAAUUUACCAUUAUUAGUUUCAUACAUUUCAGACUCAAUUUCAGCGAUAAAAUUCAUCAAUACUACACACGAAACUACAAAAUACGACAUUCCACUGACAAAUUUACCAGAAAUAAACUCUCAUAUUGAAAAUACAUUUGAUAAUGAAAUAAUUCCAAACAAUUACGAAGUUUUAUCACAUGAAAACACCAAUUUUCCAUCACCUCCAUCAGAGAUAACCAAGAAUCCAGAAGCAAUUCUUAUUUUCCAAGCGAUUUCAAGGUUUGUAACUUCAAUUAAGUUCCAAAGACCAGAAAAAACACAUAUAGAGCUUAUUUCUGCAUUAUUACAGUUCCAAUCAAUCUAUAACUAUACAGUGACACCGUAUUUCUUCGCACACUGGCUCACUUUCUUCCUGAAAAAUGAUUUGUCAAUAAAUAUUGAAGAACUUUACAAAUGUCACUUUUUUGAAAAGAUUUAUGACAUGGUUUUCAACAAAUUCCCUAAUGAUGACAUCACUGAUUUCUACUGCAAGCUUCUUGUCUUCAUAACUAUUAGAUGUGACAACCAAUGCAGUGUUCAUUUCUUCGACAUGAUUCAUUUUUAUUUCAAAUCAAUCAAAAAUUUCAGUAUCAAUCAGAAAUUUGUUGAAACUUUCUACAACUGUAUAUUGAUAUCUCCUCAAACAUUCUCUAUUGCUGCUCUUGAAGCAAACUUCUGCAAAGAUUUAUCUCUUUUCUUGACAUCUCUACAAAGUUUGCAUUACAAACUGAAAUAUAACAUUGAUUCCUCGAAAUCAAUUGGAAAUUUGGGAAAUAUUACUGAUAUAAACACAAUGAAUUUCAUCAAAACAAUUAAAGAAGCAGAAGAAGACAUCAACGAAUCAAUUCAAACCCCAGAACAAACACAAAACAACGAAUUAAACAAAGAAAAUAAUGAAAUAAAUAAUGAAAAUAAUGCACAAAAUAUUGGAGAAAAUAUUGAUCAACCAAUUAAUGAACAGAAUGAACAAAACAAUGCUCAAACAAGCAACGAAAAUAUUGAUGAAACAAAAGAAGAAAACGAUAUAAAAAUUAAUGAAGAAAAUAAUGAAAAUAAAGAAGAAAAUGAUAUUAAACCAAAUAAUGAAAUAAAUAAUGAACAAAAUCAAACAGAAAGCAAAACUUCAAAUGAUGAAGUAAAAACCAAUCAAAAACAACAAAUAAAUAAUGAUCAAAAAAUAAAUGAGAAUCAAAUGAGUGAAACAGAAAGAAAAGAGAAAGUGAAAGCAGUUUCUGAAAUGAGAGAACAGUUGUUUAAACUGAUUGACAUUGUUGAUUCAUUUGAAAUGGGAAUUAGUUUGCUGUGGAAUAACCAAAUAUUUAGUUUGUCAAUUUGCAAGUUGAUAUUUGAUGAUUCAACGAAAAAUUACACAAAUUAUCACUUGAAAAUUGGAUUGUUAUCAGAGUACAUUUCAUUCAUAUCAAUCAAAGUCAUAUUUGAGUUCUACGAACAUCUCAUGCUGGAGAACAAGAUCAAACCCAAUUUGAUAAAAGCACUUCUUGAGAAUAUUGUUGCAAUUCUCGAAAACAAGAAGAAAUAUUUCGAUGAAGUUGUCAAAGAAACAAAUAUUUUGAAUUCAUCUCUUGAAUAUAUUUUAUUACAAAAUGAUCCACAAUUAAUGGAUUUAUUGUUACAAUCAUUAAUUUAUUUACCAUCUACUAUUGUUCCUUCUUCUUUCUACAUCAAAGCUCUUUCAAUCAUUCAAUCAGAUUUACAAAAGAGUAAAUUGUUCAAAUUGAUAUUUAGAGAUGAUGAAGAAAUGAAGAAACCAAGAUUGAUACAGAAUUCAACACCUUAUCCUUCUCUAUUUUUGAUUAUGAGUAGAAAUGACAAUGAUCUUAAGGAUUUCGUUGAUUUCACUUUUAAUUGUAUGAAAGAUAACGUACAAUCACUUUACAACCUUUCAAAUUCUGAAAUAAGAUCAACAAUUAUCAAAUUUUUGAAGAAAUACAGAAAAGAAAGAAAAAGUGACGAAUUGUUUUUCAAAGUUUUAUCACUUUUUGAACGAUUAUCAUUAAUAUCAAUAACAAGUGGUGAAUUAACAGAAUUUAUACAGUUAUUACCAAGUAUUUCUAAAGAUCACAGACCAUUUUAUACGAAAGAUAUCUUGAAGACAUUUAAAUCAAUCAUUUUGAACGAUGAAGAUCCUCCAACAUGUUUCUUCCAUGGAAAAGACAAAAAUUCUUAUUUGAAGAUAACAGAUACGAUUCCGAAAACAAUUUUGAAUAACUCUUUCUUCAUUUUCAUGUAUCUGAGAGUUAUUUCCGUGAAUAAUGGAUAUUUGUUCUCAUUUUUCAAUUCCCAAGGAGAUAUAAUUUCUUUGAAUUAUAGUCAAGGAAAACUUGUUUUCAUGGAAUCCUCAAUUUCUUCAAUGAAAACUCCUGUUUCUUUCCAAACAACAUUGAUAGAAAGUCCAAAGGAAAGUCUGUUUAAUAAUAAAUGGACACCUUUAGUUAUUGCAGUCGACAGAUCAGGAAAAGACACAUAUGUUACUUUGAUGACGAAAAUCAAAUCUUUCCAAUCAAAUCUGAAAAAAGUUGUUCAUAACUCAGAUUUCACUGAAUUGCUUUUCUGUAAUGAUAUGAUCUCUGAUGUCUCAAACAUCAUCAUUUCAAGAGGCAAUAUCAACCAACAAAAUGUGAAUUUGCUUUUGGAUUUACCACCUUCUGUUCCUAUUGGUUUCUCUAAGAGCGAAAUCACAAUGGUUGAUGACAAAUUCAGUCCUCUCUUCAGUGACGAUUUCUCUCAAAACGUUAUCUGUAUUUUGAACGCGCAUAUCUUGGAUAAAAAAGGAAAUGCAAUUUCCAUGAAAUCAAAUCCUUUCGCUGUUCAAACACCAGGAUUAACUCCAAGAGAUAGCUACAUAAAAGCUAUUGUUAACUCCACAAUUAACCACAAUUUACCAGGUAGUUUAACAGCUUUGUCUAUGAUAGGAGGAGCAACGAUUUUGUUGCCUGUUUUCAGUCAAAUUCAUCAAGAAUUGAAUGAUAACAACGAAAUAUCUGAAAAUAAUGAUUUUCUUAUGACAAUUUUAACUGUUUUGCAUAAUGUAUUGAUGUCUAAUUAUUCAAUUCAAGAGAACUUUUGUUCUGACAAUGGAUUCAAGAUAUUAUCUUUCUUGUUGAGUAUGAUACAUCCAAGUCAGUUUAAUUUGCAAGUUGUCAAUGAAUUGUUUUCGAUUUUUAAUGACAUUUCACACAAGAAACUCAUGAAACAGAUGUUUAAAUACAUCUUCAUGAACAUGAAUUUGUGGUGUUAUGUUACAAUAGAAAUACAGAAAACUUUAUUCGAAAGAAUUUUCGAUUUAUUCUGCAAAAAUCCAUUUUUAAGAAAAUCAUUUUCUGUCAGAAAGAUUUUAUCAUAUGUACACAUUUUCAUGUGGGAAUCAAUGACAGAAGUUUCUCUUUUAGUCGAGCCAAAGACAAUGGUGAAGAAAUUCAUACCAACAAAGAAACCGGAACUCAUGAAACCAUUGAGAGAUUUGUUCUACAAUGGAAUUUACAAGAUUUCACUUUUGAGAGACAGUUUAGAUCCAGAAGAUGUUUCUUGUUUGUUCUCUUUCUGCUUCGAUACAAGAGAUAUUGUCUUACAAGAGGAAAUAAUGGAAUUAACUGUUAAAAUACUAUCAAACAACAACCAAAUGAUGGUGAAUUACAUCAAAACACAUGAGAACUUAUUAAAUGAUAUGUUUUGUUUGUUGAAACUUGGAAAUUCCGCGAUUUACGCAAAUGUAGCAAUAAUUUACAGCAAAAUCAGUGAAUUAUCCAUUUUCGACACUCCUUUCCCUGUUCAGCAUUGGAUAAGAGCAAUGAUAAGUGAGUUCCCUGUAAUCUUAAGUCCUUACCGUUGUUUCGAACUGUUGUUACACGCUGUUGAUGUUGAAAUGUCGAAAUUAAGUUGUUCAGAAGUUUUCCCACUUUUAAUUUAUGUUGCAAUGAACAAUAAUGAGUCAAGUUUGCAGUGCAUCGUUGAUGUAUUGAAUGUAUUAAAUGAUAAAGGCAAUUGGCUCAUCCAGAACUUUGUUCAGAUCCAAGCUCCUUUAGUUUCUCUUUUGAUUUCGGAAUUACCAAAUGAUUUCGAUUCUUCUGUCAUUGCAGACAAAGUUUUCGAUUUCUUGAUCCCUGUUUGUUGCGCAAAUGUUCAGUUUUUGAAUGAUAUCUACAAUGAAAUCGUUCUUUAUUCGAGUAACUCUAACGAAUGCUAUUUACAUAUCUACAGGCGUUUAUUAGUUGGAGUUUUAUCAUCAAAGAAACUGAAAUUAGCUUGGGGAGGAGAAGAUUCAAUCAAAACAACUAUGGGAUUCUUCUCUAACUGCUUCUAUUUCAUCUUCUUCAUUCCUUCUUUCGAUCCUUACUACUACAUGCCAAACACAAAGGCCUUUAAUACUAAAAACAACACAAAAACCGCUUAUCAAUUCGUUUUCGACGUUUUGGCAAAUAAUUCUCAUGAAAACGUGACACUUAAAUUUGCCACUCGAACUAAUUGUGAUUUAUCAUGGGAAGAUUUAGAAGUUGCACAGUUCUUACUAUUGGAUAUGCUCAGUAUGACACCUUGUUUAAGUUUCGACAGGUGCUAUUUCGCUUCUGCUGAAAUGGUCGGUUAUUUAUUCGCAGCACUUUUACAACAUGGAAAAAGUGCCACAAAAUUAAUAAACGGCACAUUUGAAAGGUUAGUUAUGGCCAUGCCGCAUCAAAUAGACAAAGGUACAGCUUAUCAUCAUUUAUUACUUUUAGUUUGUGGCUCUAUUUUGAGAGAAUUUCUUGCAGGAACUGAAGCCGGCGAUGAAAGAAAAUUAUUUGUUAUUUUUUCAACAUUUAAGAAACAAAUUGAGAAAUUAGUUGGUGUUUCAAUACCAAAUAUACAGACAGUUGAUGGAUUUAGCGCUGCUUUUAGAUCGAAUACGUAUUUAAUCAACAAAGUAAUAACAGAAUUAGUUUAUUUGGAUGAUAAUUUCGCAAAAAGACUUCCUUUGAUUGAAGGUGAGUUCUUUAGAAACUUGGAAAUGUUCCAGAAUGUUGCUUUGAAGUUCGAUUAUGUUGUUAAGAAUAUUAUUGAGCUUGUUAAAGACAAAGAUUUGGAAGAUAUCAGUGAAAGUUCAAGAAUUAUUGAAAACAGAAUCAACAUCGAAAAAAUCAGACAAUCAUUCGAAUUGUCGCAAAUGAGAUCGAUGAAAUACUACAGGCAAUUGUUUGCAACAAUGUCUGAUGAAGGUCAGCCAUGGUGCUCCAGCGAAAGAGUCAUUGAAUACCAUUACAAACUUAGUAACACAACUUAUGGUUUGUCGAAACAUUCCAGGAUGAAAAGGAACUUGGAUUUCGACAUCCACGCAGAAGCAAGUGAUGCAAGAGACUCUGGAUCAUUGUUGGAAGCGAAAGAGAAAUACAAAGAGAUCAUAAAAGACAAGAAAUUAACAGAGUUCACAGGUGAUGCUGCUUUGGUUGCAAUUGCUUUGAUUGAAGACACAAAAAUCGAAGACAAAAAUGAAAAUUUGCAGGAAGAAGAGUCAGUUAAACUCCAAAUUGAUGCAACAAUCAUCACUCCAAAGCAGACAUUCAAAGGAAAAUUGAUUUUGUUGAAAGAAUACAUCAGAUUCCAAUCAGAAACUAAAAAUGUUUCAAUAAGAAUGGAAACAAUCACAGAAAUCUUGUUCAGAAGAUAUCUUCAUCUCGACACUGCAAUAGAGAUAUUUACUAACAAACAUAAGAGUUAUUUCUUCGAUUUCGCAGAAGGAAAACGCCAAAUUUUCAUCAAAAACAUCAAAGUCUACACGAAAGGAAGAAAUCAAUCCAUGAUGAGUCUCAAAUUCCUCCAAGAAAACAACGAAGAUGCAGUUAGAAUGGCACAGAAAGUUUACAGAAAAUGGCAACUUGGCGAACUCUCUAAUUUCCAGAUGCUCAUGAAAUUGAACAAAUAUUCUGGACGUUCAUUCAAUGAUUUGAGCCAAUACCCUGUUUUCCCGUGGAUUUUGGCUGAUUACAAAUCAGAGAAACUCAAUUUGGAAAUCGAGAAAACAUUCAGAAAUCUAAGUUGGCCAAUUGGAAGAUACAAUGAUGAAAGAUUAGAACAAUUAAAAGAAAGAAUGACUGAACAAAGUAACCAUUUAUUUGGUUCAUUUUAUUCUUCUUCUGCAUCAACUGUUGGAUACUUAAUCCGUCUUGAACCUUUCACAUCUUUGCACAUCGAAUUGCAGAGUGGAAGAUUCGACAAUCCAAACAGAUUGUUCAACUCAGUGCCUCAUGCAUGGAACUCUGUAACUUCAUUGGCUUUGGAUUUCAGAGAAAUAAUUCCUGAGUUCUUUUAUCUCCCAGAAAUGUUCCUUAAUCUCGACAAUUUCGAUUUAGGAGUUGUUGCAGAAGGAAAUAAAGUAAAUGACGUAGAAUUGCCUCCUUGGAGUGAUGAUGAAUCCUUCAAAGAUUUAUCAGAACAAGAAAGAAGAAAGGCAAGAGCAAUGAAGUUCGUCAAUUUGCACAUGCAAGCUCUUGAAAGUCAUUAUGUUUCUGCAAACCUUCAUAAAUGGAUUGACUUGAUUUUCGGUCCGAAAUCCCGUGGUGAAGAAGCAGUAAAUGCAAAUAAUACUUACCAUCCAUAUUAUUUCGACGAAUCUUUGACAGAACAAAUUAAAAAUGAUCCAAUAGAGUUCAAGAUGAUCAAAGAAUACGCAGCAUGUUUCGGAACAGCUCCAAUGCAACUAUUCUUCGAAACUCCGAAGCCGAAAGAAGCUUUGUUUUCUCCUUUGUCAAAGAAUAUGUUUAAAUUCGUUGAUAGAAAGAAAUUAUCAAAAGACAAGAUUAUCUGCAUCAAAUCAACGAAAUCUCAUAUUGCUUAUGCAUCAAAGGAUGGACAGAUCUCUGUCUUCAAUGUAUAUGAUCAGUCCAAAUCGAUGACAUUCAAAUUCAACAUCAGAAACAAAUUGAAAUUUGGCAGUUUUUAUGGAAAUUUGCUUUGCACGGCAACUAAAAACGACACUGCCGUUAUUUGCUAUGAUUUCACAUCUUCAAUGGAUCCUUUAUUCACUUCCAGACUCCAUUUAGACCAGAUAACUUGUUUGUCUUGCAGCGGAGAGUAUUUCGCGACAGGAAGCAAAGACAUGACAAUAAGAAUUUGGAAAACAAUUUUCUCUUCGAAGACUCCUGUUUUAGAUGGUUCCUUCACUCUCCACACAUCAGAAAUUGCUGCAAUUGACUGCAAUGUCAAAGCUGAUUUGUGUGUUUCUGUUGGAAUUGAUGGGAAGAUCAUCGCAUUGCAGUUGUCGAAUUCACAAUUCACUAGAAGUAGUAAAAUAGAAACAAUUGCAAGGCCUUCUUUCAUUUCAGUUGUUGACAAUGGAUUUAUUGCAAUACUGACAAAUGUUGCUGGACAAUGUUUAUUUAAUGUUUUUGAUGAAAAUCUUGGAGAAGUUACAACAAAGAAAGCUUCUCUCACAAUUGUUUGCUUGUGCCAGACUGUACUUCCAAAUGGUCAAGCAGUUUUGAUGUGCGGAACAAGUAACAACAGAAUUUCUAUCUUUUCUCUUCCUUUCGUUAAAGAACUCUGCUACUUCGAAACAGAAAACCAGAUUACAGCAAUAUCUUACGACAAAGUGUUAAUGCAUAUAUUGGCUGGAACAAGAGACGGUGAAUUAGUUACUUAUAAGAUUUCUAAUUUUAGAAAUAUACCAUAA